AUGCAGAAGUCUGCUCCUGCUCUAAUAUUGCAGUUGACAAUACUCUUCUUCUACAAAAUAAGUGUUGGAAUAAAUGGUGCAACAGUAGAUCCAAAUGCCACACAAGCAAUUCUUGUAACAAACACAUAUUUACAACGUGAUGCCUGUUUUACUCCCGAAGAUUAUCUAAUUUAUUUUGAUCCUGCAGCAACAGAUAAACCUGGUCAACAUAUUAAUUAG